UCCUGUUGUGGAGGAUGUUACACAUUGAAUGACCGCAGUGGCUUUUUAACCGGUUCAGUGGUUCGGUUCUCCGCUCCUGUAGUAGAAGUGGCGCUAAUGCAAGUUUAGCGCCGUGCUGCAGCCAUGGCGUCUCUCGGCGGCGCUGGUGGAGGGAUUCACGGGCUCCUCCUGAAACUCCACGAGUCACUUUCAGACGAAGACGCACGAGCCGCAGCCCUGCAAUGCCAGGAUCUAGUGCGUGACCUGGGGCAGGAGUGCAUGCUAACGCAGUCCGACAGUGAGCUCGCUUUACACGCAUCCUUAUUGUUCUCGAAAGACUAUGGCCUGCUCAGCUUCCUUAGGAAGUCCCUGUCCUCAGAGGAGCAUCUGGACACGCGAGUCAAGGUCUUGUCUUUUUUGGAGCCAUUUUUGGACAAGAUGUCACCACGGAUCAAGGGAUGGGAUAAGACCUACGCACUUGAUAUAAGAGACACAUGCAUGGCUGUGUACACAAAGGAAAAGGUAGCUAAAUGCAGAAGCCCAGUCCUGGACCUUCUCAUCAAGGUUCUCCAAACAACAAAGGCUUCGAGUAUUGCUGCAAACCUCAGAAUCUCUGAAAUAUUCAACAGAUAUUACAGUGAGCUUUGCCAGAAGAGCAAGCUGCCAGAUUCAGUACUCGGCAAAAUCUAUGAGUUGCUGGGAGUUCUUGCAGAGGUUCACCCUAGUGAGAUGGUCAACAACUCUGACAAACUCUACAAAGCCUAUAUGGGGGAGCUAAAGGAACAGAUGACGUCUUCAACCAAGGAACCGAAACUUUUGGUUGUUGCUGGGUGUUUGAGAGGAAUCACUGCCCUAAUGGUCAACUUUAGUAAAUCUAUGGAAGAAGACCCGGCAACAUCCAAGGAGAUUUUUCAGUAUGCCCUAAAGUCAAUCAGUCCUCAGAUGGAAAUGAGUCGCUAUGCAGUUACAUUUGCUGGCCUUAGAUUGUUUGCCAGACACGCGACCCAGUUCAGUAGCUGUCUGAUGGAGCACUACAGAAGCUUGUUUGAGGUCAUGUCUAAGCUCUGUGGACACAUCAAUGGUGAGAUGAAGAAGACAAGUUACUAUGCACUUGAGUCCUUCCUCAAACAGGUUGCAUUGCUGGUAGCAGAGAAUAUUGAGGAGCACAAACACAAGCUGAAGUUCUUCAUGCAGAAGUUCUGUGGGAUCAUUAAGACCAUGGACUCAACGCACAAAGAACUGUCCAUUGCAAUACGAGGAUAUGGAUUCUUUGCAGCUCCAUGCAAGAAGGUCUGCCCCCAGGACGUGGACUUGAUGUACACAGAGCUUAUUCAGCGCUGUAAGCAGAUGUAUUUGACAGAGUCUGAUGGGGAGGAUGAUAGCUUCUAUCAGCUGCCCAGCUUUCUGGACUCAAUAGCCAGUGUUAUAAUUCACCUGGACAAGAUUCCAGAGGUGUACACACCACUGCUGGAGCGACUCAUCGUAGUGCAGAUUGACAGCUUUCCUCAGUACAGUGAGAGAAUGCAAACUGCUUGUUCCAGGUCCAUACUCAAAGUGCUGGUGGCGAUAGCUUCGAAAGGCCCUGUACUGUGGAGUUUCAUCAGCUCUGUGGUGCACCAGGGCCUAAUUAGAGUCUGCUCAAAACCUGUCAUGAGUUCUGAGGACAAAGACAGUGGAGACAAUUCUUCUGAAGUCCGAACUGGAAAAUGGAAGAUUCCAGCUAGUCAUAACUACCUUGGUUUAUUUAAAGGACUUUUAGACUGUGAUCAGUUGAAGGAUUCUGGGUUUCUGGAUGGAGCUUUUGAAAGUCAGAACACUGCUCUUGUCUCUCUGAGCCGCCUACUGUAUGAUGAGUUGGUGAAAUCGCUUCUCCGAAUUGUGGAAAAAUUGGACUUGUCAGUGCAGAAAGUGUCAACAGACGAGGAGGAUUCAGCGGAUGCAGCCCAUGUCCUGCCCUCUUCUGACCCCACAGCUCACCUGUUGCCUAAUAAAGUCAAAGACUUCAUGGCCUUCAUCAAUCUUGUUGACUUCUGCAGUGAAUUGCUGCUGACCAAACAUGUGGAGUAUUUUCAGUCCUGGAUGUAUCCCCUGAGCCAUGAACUUAUUCUCUGCUCUAUACAAAAUCCACUUGUCAGCGGCUUUUACAAGCUGCUAUCUGUCAUCAUGACAAUUGCCAAGAAAAUCAAGUACUACCAGAGAGUCGACCCUAAAAGUUCCACGUCCCCCCAGACAGACACAGUGAAAAGUGCCUGUUUUGCACUUCUCUCAAAGUUUGGAAAAGAGGUGUGUAUGAGAAUGAAGCAGUACAAAGAUGAGCUCCUGGCAUCUUGCUUGACAUUCAUUCUUUCGCUGCACCACAGCAUCGUAGCUCAGGACAUCAGAGCGUACAGUCUUGCACUUGAGGUGGCUCUAAAACUGGGUUUGAGCCAUGUCCCUUUAGCCAAUGCUGCUCUAGAUGCUCUUGAGGACUGGUCCUCCCACAUUUCUGUGGAGAUCAUGCAGCCCUGCUACACCAACAUUCUUCCGCUCCUGGAUGGAUACCUGAAAAAUACGUCCACCAACAACAAAGAUGAGAGCAGCUGGGAGGUGAUGUCGUCCUUGUCUUCAAAAAGUGAAGGAUAUAACCGCGUGAUGACAAGGCUUCUGAAGCAGUCCAAGCAGCUUUCCAUGGAAGAAGCUCCGCUUGUCGCUGUGAGACUGCGAGUGGUAAAGCUGCUGGGUCACUUGGGUGGAAAACUUAACAGGAAUCUUGUUACUGCUGUAUCAUCAGAGGAAAUGUUGAAGAAGUUUGUUGCCUGGGAUACUGAGAAAAAGCUGAGCUUCGCAGUGCCAUUCUCUGACAUGAAGCCAGUCAUUUACCUGGACCCCUUCCUGCCUCGCAUUAGUGAACUAGCUUUGACUACAAGCGACAGACAAACCAAAGUAGCUGCUUGUGAGCUGCUUCAUAGCAUAGUGGUCUACAUGAUUGGGAAAAGUGCUCAGAUGGUUGAAGGGAAGAAUACUUUGCCACCUAUCUACAAGCUGCACAAGAGGCUUUUUCCGGUACUGUUGCGGCUGGCCUGUGACGUGGACCAGAUAACCAGACAGCUAUUUGAACCACUGGUUAUGCAGCUGAUCCACUGGUUCACCAACAACAAGAAGUUUGAGAGCCAGGACACAGUAGCUGUCCUAGAAGCAAUACUGGAUGGAGUGGUCGACCCCAUGGACAGCACUCUGCGGGACUUCAGUGGCCGCUGCAUUGAAGAGUUUGUCAAAUGGUCAAUUAAACAAACGACACCCAAGCAGCAGGAGAAGAGCCCGACCAACAUGAAGUCCUUGUUUAAGCGGAUCUACAGCCUGGCACUCCACCCCAACGGGUUCAAAAGACUCGGCGCUGCCUUAGCGUUCAAUAGUAUCUACAGACAAUUUAGGGAGGAAAAUUCCUUAGUGGACCAGUUUGUCUUUGAGGUUCUUGUUGUAUUUGUGGAAAGCCUGGCUCUGGCACAUUCAGAUGAGCGAUCUAUGGGGACAUUGCAGCAGUGCAACAGUGCCAUCGAACAUCUGACAAGAAUUGUCAACAAAAAAGCCCCUGCCCUCAACCAGUACAGUCCUAAGAGACGUGUUCCCAGGGGGUUUCCACCUGAUGCAAAGCUGCGCCUCUCUGACAUGGUUUUAUGGCUUCUAGAACAAUGUGGCCGACCUCAGACUGAGUGUCGCCAUAAAUGUUUGGCCCUUUUCUAUGAGUUUAUUCCUCUUCUGCCGGAACACAAUUCUCCGUGUCAGUGGCUGGAUGCCAUGCUUAAAGUCAAUGGAGAAGACUUCCUGGUCUUGCGGUUUGAGGGUGGAGGUCUCCUUUCACAGCCCACCCUUAGGGACCUCUCAGGUCCUUUUGGUGUUAAAGCCACCUUGCAGUGGAUGGACCUGCUGCUGGCAGCCCUGGACUGCUACAACACCUUCAUCAGAUUACACAUAAUCAGGCCUCAACACAUGCUCAGUUCCAAAGAGAAGUCGACUUUUCUGAAAGCUGUCAAUUUUUUUCUGACUGAACUGGCAUCUCACAGCCUGGCAGCAGCAGAGAGCUGUUUCAGUCAUGGAGAGAGGACCUCUCACUUUAGCCCAAGAGAGGUGGACCAGUACAACUACAGCAAGUGCACUAUCAUUGUUCGUCUGCUGGAGUUUGCCACGAUGGUUCUGGUCAAAGGAGAUCCAAAGAUGUUGAAGCUUCUGGAACACGGCCUUUUUUGCAGCGUGUUUUUUGAGUUGACUGCAUCCGUUGUUUGUGAGCCUUCCACUGUAGGUUUCAACAUGGCAGAUGUGGAGGUAAUGAACAAUCUGCCACAAGUGUGUGUUCCUCUACUGGAGGCCCUGCAGAACUCGCCGUACUUCACUCUUCUAGAGGGCAGCCUGCGAACAAAGAUUUCACGCACAAGUGUGGAGAAAUUGUGUGCUGUAGACCUUUACAAUUCUAGCACUCUGAGGCACCAUGACCAGAUGGACAUGGUCCUGUCUUCCUGUAAGCAGAUCCACAAAGCUGGCUUCCUCAACACCAUUCUCCAAAGCCAGGAUUCAACUUUUACAAAGUCUCUUGGCUUCCAACUUCUGAUGAGUGUCUAUAAAGGCAUUGCACCCGGUGCAGACAGGAAGGCACUUCCAUCCUUGGACAUCAAUACCAGAAGGGUAGCAGACGGCCUGCUUCAGCUUGCCUUCUGUCUCAAUCAGCAGAGUGAACAGCUGGUGGACCUGCUAAUGAACACCAUCAUGCUUUCUGUGCCAGUGUCUGGAAGUCACAGUGAUAACUUCUUGACCUUCUCUCAUGGCGAGUACUUCUACAGCCUCUUCCAGUCAACUGUCAACACUGAGCUGCUGAGGAGUAUUAACACCACAGUGCCGCAGCUCAUGAAAGCUUCUUCUCAGAAUCCCAGCAUGGUGAGUAUGUUGCUGAAUGGCAUGUUGGAUCACAGCUUUAAGGAGCGCUCUGUGAGGAAGACUCAGGGAAAACAGUUGGUGGAAGAGGUGCUAAAACGAUGGAACAGUCUGCAGACGUGGUGGGAAGGACCAUCCUGCACCCCAGAAAGCAAAACAGCUACACUGCUGCUGCUCUCCAAGCUCCUACAGAUUGACUCCUCGGUCUGCUCCAAUAACAACCAUGAAGCAUUCAGACCAGUGUUUUCUACAUUUACAAAGCUGCUGGUUGACAUGAAUCUACCUCUGAACCUCAAGAGUCAAGCUCUGUUGGUGUUGCCUUUCUUCACAACCCUUCCAGAGGAGCUGCUUGCUGAACUUCAGACAGCUCUUGAUGCCCUUGUAGCUUCACAUUUUCCCAUGCAGUCAGAUGAGUUUUCUAAAGGUUCGCUGCACCGAAACAACUACAUGGACUGUAUACGAAAGUUGUUGGAUGACCUGGAGCUUUCACAAAGCCCUCUGCUGCUCAAACUGCUGGCAGGGAUUCUCUGUCGAGACAGAAAACACAUCAUGGAGGAGCAGUUCCAAGUCUGUUUCCAAAAAAUCGCCAAACGGUCAAGCCAUGAGCGGCAGCUGCAGCUGCUGUCUACCGUAUUCGGGGUGAUCCAGCAGGGAGAUCUGCCAAUGAGCUUCAUGCUUCAGGCAAUGAUGGAGAGGGUUCUACUGCCUCUGGCCUCUCACUGUAGCACUGCUGCCUUAAAUCAGUUCUUUGUGGGAAAUGUCUCUGACAUAAUCGCUUUGCUUCUCAGUCGUUUCACCAAGUCAAACGAAAUGGCAUUUGAAAUUCAGUUGCUGAAGAAGAAUGGUGCCUACAAGCUGAUGGAGCUCCUGUAUUCUCGGCUUCCCAAAGACGAGGUUUACUCUAAGGAGUCCCGCAUCAAUCAAGCCUACUGCCGCUCAGACAAGACAGAGGGAAACGAAAUGUCCAAGAUCCUGAUUAAGUCAUGUUUUGAAGCGUUCACUGAAAACAUGUCUGGUGAGACUCAGCUCCUUGAACUGAGGAGACACUAUCAUUGUGCGGCAUACAACUGUGCCAUCGCUGUCAUCAGCUGCAGCUUCAGCGAGCCCAAGUUUUACCAGGGCUUCCUCUUCAGUGAGAAACCAGAGAAGAAUCAGUUCAUUCUGGAAAACAUUGUUGAUGUUGAAAGGAACUACAACUUUCCCAUUGAAAUUGAAGUGCCAAUUGAGAGAAAACAGAAAUACAUUAUGAUUCGAAAGGAAGUCGGCGAGGAGAAUGGAGAAGCACCAGUAUAUCUGUCCUCUCAGUCUUACAUGGCUGACAGCAGCUUGAGUGAGGAGAUGAGUCAGUUUGAUUUCUCCACUGGAGUCCAGAGCUUUUCAAUUGGUUCACAAGUCCCUGAAGUCCAAAGACGCACCAUUGUAAAAAGAGAGGCCGAGGACACAAACCUCUCACAGAGCGCAAUGGUGGAUCUGGAAAUGGACGAGCUGAAUCAGCACGAAUGCAUGGCAACCAUGACUGCUCUGAUUGGACACAUGCAAAGGAACAACAUAACCCCCAAAAUUGAUCAUGGAAAUGUGCCCAGUGAGCUUCCUCCAUGGAUGAAAUUUCUACAUGGGAAACUGGCAAAUCCAGCCACACCUCUGAAUAUUAGACUCUUCAUUUCAAAGCUAAUAAUCAACACAGAGGAGGUUUUCCGACCAUAUGCCAAGCACUGGCUGGGGCCUCUCCUGCAGCUCGUUGUGUCUGGAAACAAUGGAGGAGUGGGAAUUCAUUUCAUGGUGGUGGAUAUCGUGGUCACCGUGCUCUCCUGGACCAGUUUGGCCACCCCCAAGGGUAACCCCAGGGAUGAAGUUCUUGCCAACCGGCUGCUAGAGUUCCUCAUGAAGGACAGCUUCCACUCCAAAAGGGCUGUUUUCCGACACAACCUGGAAAUCAUUCGCACCCUGGUCGAGUGCUGGAAAGACUGUCUGCAUGUGCCCUAUAGGCUGAUAUACGAGCGAUUUUGUGGCACCGACCCAAACAGCAAGAACAAUUCUGUUGGACUUCAACUGCUGGGAAUCAUACUGGCCAACAACCUUCCUGCUUAUGAUGCAUCAUGUGGCAUCGAAUAUGACAGAUACAUCCAGUCUCUCACCAACAAUGUCUCCUUCGUGAGGUAUAAAGAAGUCUAUUCAGCUGCAGCUGAAAUAAUCGGCCUCAUGCUGAAGAAUGAAGUGAAUGAAAAUCAACAUAAAGAACUUUUUGAUCUUGGUGUCACUAAGAUAACAAACCUCAAGAAAAAAGACCUGGAUGACAAGUUUAUUAUUUGCUUAAACAAAGUGUCAAAGCACUUUCCUCCAUUUAUGAAUAGGUUUUCCAACCAUGUUUUCUUCUUGCUGCCAAAGUUGCACGGCAUCUUAAAGACUCAUUGUUUGGAGUGUGUGCUGAGCAGAGCUGAUGUGAUCCCAGACAUCUUUCUACGGCUUAAGACCACGGGCUUCAUACAGAUGAUGAGUCAUAGAGAUGAAGCCAGACAGAGGGUGUGUUUGGAUCUCAUCCACAAGAUCAUUGCCCUUCUGUCUCCUGUUGAGCUUCAAGAGUUCCUGGGAGCAGUGACAGCCUUCAUCUCCCAUCCAUCAGCAGUUUGCAGAGAGAGGAUGUAUGACAUUUUGAUGUGGAUCCAGGACAACUACAGGGAUCCAGAGAGCAUGAAGGACAAAACCUCAGUGGAGGUUCUGGAUGCAGCUAAAGAAACCCUACUUCAGGGUCUGUCUGAAGAAAACCAAGGCCUUCAACUUUACGUUCAAAACUUCUGGAGUCAGGAGGAGAGACUUCCCACUACGACCCUUAAACGUAUGCUGCAGGUGCUACAGGGUCUGUACUCAUGUCAGAUAGAAAGAUGUUUCCUAAGCCUGGCUACUAAUCUGCUCCUGGAAAUGACCAGUCAAAGCCCUGACUUCAAACGGAGCAUGUUUGAGUAUCCUCUGUCAGAGUGCACAUUCCAGGACUACGUUAUUGAUUCUAACUGGCGCUUCAGAAGUACAGUGAUGACUCCCAUGUUUGUUGAAACGCAAAGCUCUCAAGGCCCAGAGAGCGUGGCAGUGUCCCAGUCUGUGUCCAUGAAGGGCAAACUCAGAGCCACUCAGACUUCCCUGGACUUCACCCAAACUCAGGCAGCAGGUCGGCGUACAGCCUAUAACUGGCUGACAGGAAGCAGCGUGGACACACUGGCAGAGUAUACACCGGGCUCAGAAUCCUUGUCAUCAUUGCUUGUGUUUGAUAAGAAAGCAGAGAGACAGGCCACAGCAAGGAGACCAGUAGGAGAAGGAUUUGGCCUAAGGCGCCUUACAGCAUCAACCGAUGAGGUGGACAGUCGCACUAGAGCUGUAAAUGAGCAAAGAAAUAACAUCCUAAGAUUGAGACGCAGAUUUCUCAAGGAUCAGGAGAAAGUCAGCUUGAGUUAUGCACAAAAAGAGAUACAGCAGCAAAAGCAGAAAAGGGAAGCAAAAGCUGACCAAAGGCUACGCAAAGAGGCUCAGGUGACGCUCUAUCGUAACUACAGAGUGGGAGAUUUUCCAGAUAUCCAGAUUCCGUACAGUAGCCUCAUCGCCCCUUUACAAGCGCUAGCUCAGAGAGAUUCAAUUUUAGCCAAACAGCUGUUUAGUUCCCUGUUUACUGGCAUCCUUGAAGAGGAAAGCAAAGUAGAGUCACCAGCAGAGAUGGCAAAGACUAAGGAGGAGCUACGGUGCAACAUGAACACUUUCUUGAGCAGGAGUACCCUCUGCUUCCCUCCUUUUAUCGCAUGUGUGCAGGACAUGUGCUACCAGCAUAAGGAGCUGCAAGAACUCGAUCCAGCCGCCAUCAGCUCCACUUGCAUGAUGAGUCUCCAGCAGCCGUGGGGCAUCCUUCUGCUGGAGGAGAGCCUGCUGCAUGCUGGCGUCCAAGCUGAGCCUCCUGCCAAACGAUCACGAGGACGUAAAGAGAUCCCCCCAGACACCAAGAAAUGGAUCCACCUUGCAAAGCUCUACAGAACGUUGGAGGAUUAUGAUGUUGUUCGUGGCAUAUUUGGUGGGAAGAUUGGGACCAAGUCAAUCACCUCUUCGGCUCUUCUCGCUGAAGCCAACAGUGACUUUUCAGAAGCUGUGAAGCUUUACAAUGAGGCUCUCAACACUGAGGAGUGGAGUGAUGGUGAGCCCACUGAUUCUGAGAAGGACUUCUGGGAAAUGGCAGCCAUGGAGGCCUACAGUCAUCUGACUGAGUGGAAGUCUCUGCAAUACUGCUCCACAGUGUACAUUGACGAAAGCUCCCCACCAGACCUGGAGAAGAUGUGGUCAGAGCCUCUGUACCAGGAAAUGUACCUACAUCACAUGAUCCGCAGUAUGUUGAAGCAGCUGCAGCUUGGCGAGAGGGACCAGACUCUUCUGAGCUUCAUAGACAAAGCUAUGAGGUUGGAGGACCGUAAAAAGCUCCUGGAAAGUCAUUACAGCCAAGAGCUCAGCUUGCUCUACAUCCUGCAGGAGGACUAUGACCGUGCCAGAUACUACACCAACUACGCCAUGCAGCUCUUCAUGGAGAGUUACUCCAGUGUGGAUACGCUGUUGACGCAAAGUCGUCUCACCCUCCUGCAGUCAGUGCAGGCCUUAACUGAGAUCCAGGACUUCCUGCUGUUUAUUAAAGGAGAGGUGUCUGUGAGCUCCCUCAAGCGGCUAAUCGGAUUGUGGGCUGAGCGGUAUCCUGACCCCAAAGUGGAUCCAGUCAAUGUGUGGGAUGAUAUCAUUACAUCUCGGUGUUUCUUCUUGGACAAGAUCAGAGAACAGCUACAGGGCCACACUCCGGGUGACGCCAUGGAAGUGGAUGUUUUAGACAACCCUGUAGUUUGCAUCGACACAUUAGUGAAUGACUGCAAGUUUAGCAUGAAGCUACACAUGGCUGAUAGCGCUUGGAAGCAGAACAACUUCUCUGUUGCUACCAAGCUGCUGAAGGAACUUCACAGAGAUGCCAAAACUAAUAGAGGCUGGUUGAUGCAAUGGGUUCAUAGCUUUAGCCGUUACAGCCAUAAGCGGAGCCAGGCCCAAGGUCCAGUGGAGCAAAUCAGCCUCAUGCUGAAGAUCGUCCCACUCCUGGAGGAUAUUCAGAACGACUGUCAAAGUUCCACAUCUAAAGUGUUUAGGAGCCAGAAAAUCCUCCAAAGUUCAUCUUUGCACAUACUGGCCACAGCUGUGAGCAGAAGCCCCUCAGUCUUGGGAACUAUUGAAGUAGAAAAAGCACAAAAGGUUUUAAAGCUUUCUGGAGCUGCUGGGACCAUUGACAACCCAAAGGAUGUGGAAUUGAAGCUGCAGCUGAAAGCACUGACCUUGCUGCGUGAUGCUACCAAAAAGGCAGAUGAAGAACUUCAGUCUUACAAUCAGGACUGUAUAGAGACCAGCAGCCUCAUCGACACAUACAUGGCUCUGGCCAACUUCUGUGACAAAUGUCUGCGAGAGGAGGAGCAAGGUGAUAGCAUUACAGAGAGCCAGGUUUCAGACCUGCUGCCCGUUCACAUGGUGCAGAGCAUGUUGAAAGCACUGAAGCUGAACUCGGAGGAAGCUCGCCUCAAGUUCCCACGUCUGCUGCAGAUCAUUGAGUUGUACCCUGCUGAGACCCUGGACCUCAUGACCAAAGAGAUGGCGUCGGUUCCGUGCUGGAUGCUGAUCAGCUGGAUCAGCCAAAUGGUUGCUGUUCUGGAUAAGCCACAAGCCGUGGCAGUGCAGCACUGCAUAGGGCAGAUAGCGGAGUGCUACCCCCAAGCUCUGGUUUACGCUCUCAUGAUCAGCAGUGAGAGUUACCAGUUUGAGGACUCGGCCACAGGACACCAGCAGCGGGAAUUCGUCACCAGGCUCAGCAGGAAGUUGGAUAAGGGAGGAGCGGUGAAGACCUUUGUGGAUGCACUGCAGCAGCUUACAAAUCCUGAGAUGAUUUUUAAGGACUGGUGGGACAGUGUGAAAAAUGAACUGGAGAAGUCCAGUUUUGACAAGAAACGGAUGAGCGUCAUGUAUGACGAAAUGCGUGCUUCACUUGGAGAUCCAAACAAAGAUGGUCAUGGGACGUUUCGUAAACGAUUCAUCCAGAAAUUUGCCAAAGAUGUGGAGAAACUGCUGGGUCCGAAAGGCACCAAGCUGUUUGAGAAGAGGAAAGACAAAAGCUUUUUGCGGCAGGUUGAGGAUCUGGCAGCAUCCAUGCGUGGUUUUCAUAAAGGGGAACCUGGGAACCUGAAGGAAUACUCUCCCUGGCUGAGCGGCUUCAAAGCAGACCUGUUCAUCAAUGAGCUGGAGAUCCCAGGACAGUACGACGGUCGAUCGAAACCGUUGCCAGAGUACCAUGCAAAAAUCACAGGCUUUGAUGAAAGGGUAAAGGUGAUGACUUCCAUUCGUCGCCCCAAACGCCUGAUCGUCCGCGGAGACGACGAGCGGGACCACCCCUUCCUGGUGAAGGGCGGAGAAGACCUCCGUCAGGACCAGCGCAUCGAGCAGCUCUUUGGUGUCAUGAACAUCCUGCUGAGCCAUGACGCUGUCUGCACACACAGAGACUUGCAGCUGCGCACCUACCAAGUCAUUCCCAUCACCACGAGAGUUGGAUUGAUCGAGUGGAUGGAGAAUACCUGCACUCUUAAAGAGUUCCUGUACAACACAAUGACUAAAAAAGAACAGGAUGAAGCAUUGAUGAUUCCUGGACUCUACAAUGAAUGGCUUUCAUCCUUUGCUCCAAAUUCAAAAGAUGGUGGCAUCGCACUGUAUGGUCUGGCUUACAGGAAAGCAAAACGUCCUGAGACCAUCAGCAGCUUCAUGAAAGUGUUGCAACACGUGCCCAGUGAUCUCCUGAAGCGAGCUUUUCUCAAGAUGUGCAACAGUCCUGAGGCGUUUCUGUCUCUGAGGUCCCACUUCAUCAGCUCUCAUGCUUUGCUGUGUGUGAGCCACUGGAUUCUAGGCAUCGGAGACCGUCACCUGUCCAACUUCAUGAUCAACAUGGAAACAGGAGGCAUGAUCGGCAUCGACUUUGGCCACGCGUUUGGUUCGGCCACACAGUUUCUCACUGUGCCGGAGCUCAUGCCGUUCAGGCUCACCAGGCAGUUUGUGAACCUGAUGCAGCCCUUGAAGGAGUCAGGCUUGAUCCAGAGCAUCAUGGUUCACUCGCUGAGAGCUUACAGGGCUGAGCCAGACCUUCUGCUCAACACCAUGGAUGUGUUUGUCAAGGAACCCUCCUUGGACUGGAAGAACUUUGAGCUGAAACAACUGAAGAAAGGAGGCACGUGGGCAAAGAACAUCAACACCAAGGAAAUCAACUGGUAUCCCCUACAGAAGGUGAACUUCGCCAGACGAAAGCUGGAAGGCGCAAACCCAUCGGCUAUAACCAGCGAGGAGCUAAAGCUGGGCUUUGAGAAGGACCCCGCCUUCUCAGGGAUGCAGUCCGUGGCUCUGGGGACAAAGGAACACAACAUCCGUGCUACGCUUCCAGCUGCAGGCUUGUCAGUGGAGCAGCAGGUGAACUGUCUGCUUGACCAAGCCAUGGACCCGAAUCUGCUGGGCAGAGUUUAUGCCGGCUGGGAACCGUGGGUGUGAUUCUAUGUGUAGAGAAAGUAAGUUUGUAUUCUGAUCACCGUUGGUUUCGGUAUGUUUUUCUGUCUACAUGUAUACGUUGAGGGGCUUCUUGGGACUUUCUCUGUUUGAGUUUAAUCAUCGUCGCCUUCAUUUAUUAAUGUUUUGUAACUAAAGUACAAAUAAAAGCAACACUGAUCGACCAA